CAUGAGAGCCGCAGGUGGGACGUGAAACUGGCCGCAUUUACCCCUAGUUUACCGACGAUCUCAUUUUCCGUGAGGAUUUGAGUGGUGCUUCUGAAAGACAUGGGAAAGCUUCAGGAAUUCGAGAUCACUUUCACUAAUAACAAAGUGGUCUACAACCCCGGGGAGUCCAUAUCAGGAACUGUGAGAAUUAAAACACACCACUCCUUACAGUUUAAAGCUAUUAAAGUCAACUGUGUGGGGUCGUGUGGCAUCUCGUCCAAGCUGAAUGAUGCAACAUGGAUGCUUGAGGAGAAGUACUUGAGCAGCACGCUGUCUGUGGCCGAUAAAGGUACUCUGUCAGCUGGCGAGCACAGUUUUCCUUUCCAGUUUGUCAUUCCAGCAUCCGUUCCAACGUCGUUCGAAGGCCCAUUUGGGAAGAUUUUGUACCAAAUUAGGGCAUUUAUUGACACACCACGUUUCUCAAAGGACUACAAGACCCAGCGACCCUUCUACCUUCUCAAUGUGCUCAACCUCAAUGAGUUGCCAGAUGUAGAGCAACCGAGCUGUGCUGUGACAACAAAAAAGUUUACCUACCUCCUGGUAAGAACAGGCACGCUCAUGCUGAAGGCCUGCAGUGAUCUAAGAGGAUACACUCCUGGACAGGUUAUCAAACUAUCCACUGAGAUCCAUAACAAGUCUGGGAAAGACACUGGCUAUGUGAUGGCCAGCCUUAUUCAGAGAGUGUCGUAUAAAACAAAGCGGCCAGUUUUUGAUCUGCGGCCCAUCGCACAGGUGGAGGGUGCUGGGGUGAAGGGUGGUAAACAUGCAGAGUGGAGAGAACAGAUCAUCGUCCCUCCUCUUCCUCAAUCAGGCCUCACUGGCUGCAGCCUCAUAGAUAUUGAGUAUUUUAUCCAGGUUUCACUAAAAUCUCCAGAGGCUGUGGUCACGUUACCCAUCUACAUCGGGAACAUUGCUGUAAACUUGACUCCCUCCAUUCCUCACCCCAUCGCUCAAGGCGCACCAGUGCCUGCCAUGCCAAGCCUCAGCCCAGGGCCCAUAGUCCCCAGCGCACCUCCUGCAGAGGACGGCCUGGAGGGUGAGCUGUGUGCAGGAGGAGUAGACAGCGAGGAGAUCCCCACCAAGAGUCAUUCUCAGCAGGAUCCGUCCGGCGUUACUCUCUCCAUGUAUCCAAGCAUGUUCGGUCAAGCAUCUGGUCCGCUCCCGUCGCAGAGCCAGCAGGCCGGCCAAUGCUCCGACGGCUCUGCUCCUCUGUUCUGUCUGUCCACAGGGGCCACCAUACCUUUCUUCACAGAUGGUAAUACAACACCAGUGCCCACUUCCUGUCCCCUCAUCCUGCCCCCUGAAUACAGCACCUGGGAAUACCCACUUGAGCCACCUCCCACUUAUGAGGAAAGCUGCAGUAGCAACGACUCCAGCUUCAACAGUAGCAUGAGGUAGACCCAUUAGAGGUCUCGCUUCUUCAUCAUGCCAUUCAUCUUCUGCCCCCUGCUGGACGGUACAGGCAUUGCUGCCAGCCCAUAAACCUGGCCCUUCUUCCCCAUGAACCAAAUGUUUCAAACACAUAAAGGAUUGUUACCUUCAUUUUAAAUUAAUCCCUUCAGAUUACCCUUUCAACACUGAAGAAAACAACCUUGAAACCGUACAGGGAGAAUGUUUCCGUGCCUAAGAAGAUGUAGCACUCUUGAACAUCCCCAAGAUGAGACACGCUCAGAGUUCUUGACUAACGAAUACCAGCAUGUGUAACAUUAUGAAGUGAAAGUUACACUGAAAAUUCUUUUUCAUUCAACCGAGCCUGGCCUUAGGUAAAUCUUAUCACAAAACACGCUCUGUAAAAUCUGACUUAACUCAGAAAUAUAAUGCUGCAUGACUGAAAGUCUUAAGGAAAAAAUAUUCCUUUCCUUGUGAUGCUCAUUAUGCUUCUGCCAGCAUAAAUGGCUCUUGACGGAGACACCGGGCCACAGAGAAAGUUACUCUGGAAAGAACAAGUUUUAUUUACUGAUCACGAUCGAUGUUGUAGGGUUUCAUUUGACUUUUUAAAACCCAUCUCAUCACCCAAUGGACACUGUGUGGAUACAGCUUUGGAAUACCAGUGUAGUCAGCUAUCUUGGGCAAAUAUGUCAUCAUCACUUGGCCAAAUGGUAGCCAGUGUCCCUUAAAUGGUUAAGGGAACAAUAUAUUACAUAUCAUUUUUAAUGAAAACUAGUUAUAUGUUCAUUUUAUUUCAGGCUGUCAAGAUUUUAGGAUGACACUUCAGACUUCUGACUCUGUAUUUUUAUUACCUUGUUUAACAUAAAACAAACAAAAUAAUAAUUAAUCAUUAUUCAUUAUUUUUUCAAAGUAUUUCGAAGUACUGAUGUGGUUUUUUUUUUUUUACUGUGCGUAAUAUGUUUGAUUUUGGACAUUUUUGAUGUGCAUCAUUUGAAAUCUGAUUCGAACUGUACAAAUGUACUUUGUAUGUGACUUUUUUGGUCUUAUCCAUUGAUAUUUCUCAUACUAACCCACAGUGAUCAGAGAUUUAUGAUGGAUUUCCGGUGAGGACUUCCGCUGUAUUUGGAUUAUGUACCUUCCUUUUAAUAUGGCAAACACUUUUUUUUUUUUCCAAAACACUUGUCCAGACCCUUGAACUGUUGAAGAAAUUGAAAAAUUGAAGCACAAAAGGCACUUUUUAUAUGUGUGUGUGUCUUUGUGUGUGUGUGUGUGUGUGUGUCUGUGUAUGUUUUCUCAAAUCCUUCUCCAAAAUCUAAAUGAUAAACUACAAUUUCUAAUUGGGUGUUAUACUAAGUUUAGUACUUGAUUCAGCCAACAAAGGAAGUGCAAUUCAGAACAGCCCUACAGAACAGAAAUGUUUUACAUUAUUUAGUAUGAAGCAAAUUUAGAAGACAUGUUUUCAGUACUAAAUCCUGGGAUAUUCUAUAUCCUUUUCCAUCUGUAGCUUGAGUAUCUGUUUAAAAUGUAUGUUGCACUACCUACUAUUUACAGUGCUGACAGAGAAAAAUCCAUUUGCAUCCUUUAUACAGUAUAUCAAAAUUUAACCAUGAAAAGGUAAUGCAUUCAUGUGCUAAUAUGUAUAUUACUGAAAAGGAAUGAACAAAAAUUAAAAAAGCUUCACUUUAUUUUCAUCAAGAGGAUUACAUUUCUAGCCUCUAUACUUUUUGAUAAAAAAAAAAACACAUAAAACCUAGCAUUUAUUCUCCGUCUAUAUUUUUCUCUAUUAUUAUUGUGCAAAGGUUAUUGUAAGAAUAAUAGAAAGAGUUAGUGAAAUAACUGAACUAUUCCAUAACACAGGAAAACUGUCAUAACAACAUAGUAUUUUUUUCAGAAUGCUUUAAGAAGGUUUUUUUUUUUUUUAAGGCUACAAAAAGCCUGCAAGUUUUUUUUUUUUCAUUACUUUACCUUAUAUUUUGUUACAAUUUUCAGCAAAGGAAAUUGGGGUAAAUUGACGUCAGAUUGUGAUUGAUUGUGAAAAUUGUAUUUAAAGCAUUUAUAUUUGUAGCAUGAAAUGGAUCAAUGUAAUUUACUAACAGUUAAACAUUAUAUAAGAGAUAUAAUGUUUAAAGUCAUUUAAAAAAUUUUACUUUUGAAUAAUCUAGUAAAACUGCAGAAGGUACAGAUUAUAUAUAGUGACCCAUUCAUAUUCAUAUCAAGGGAUUUCUUCACGUUGCUGAUUUUAUUGCAGGAGAUCACUGUGAAUUUUAACGGUGAAGAUAAAUUUCUGAUUGUAUCUUCACUGCAAGCACCACUAUGUUAAAACUGCACAAAUGUUAAAAACAUUCAAACAAAAAUAAGACAUUUCUAGUUGAUUUAUUUGAAUGUAAUGUUUAUAAUCGAAAUCAAGUAAAGAAACCCCUGACUUGAACACCUAUUCUGUAUUUUAAACCACAUUUUGCCUUAAAUGUGAAUCUGAUGUGUCCCUGGUCCCAUCGUAAUUGUUAAAAGACAAUUACUUACAAUUGCAUCGCUUUUACUGUGCCUCUCAAAAGAGUAAUUGGGGAUAUUAGAUAGUUAUUAAGGCACUGUAGGUGAAAGAAAUUCUUAAAAUGUGCAAGUCCUUCAUUUUUGAAAGUGUUGACAUUGCAGUAUGGACUAAAUUGUAAUUGUUUUUUAUUUAAAUGUGCUAAGUUCAGUCUUUUCUUUUUCACCAAAGGUUCAACAGCUUUAUCAUGUUUUAUUUCAUCGUUGCCUGAUACUUUUCUUUCCCUGGAUUUUCCAGCAGGUUUUGAAAUAAAGGAGCAUGAUUGUGGAUCAGUGUUCUAUGUUAAGAUGUGACCGAAUGAAACUUGGACAGAAAAUAAAAUCACUUAAAUUCUCAGGUCCCAAUACCCAUUUUUAAUCUCAUUUUGAAAAUUACUUGUGCUUGCCCACUCAUAAAAAGUGAUUAAAAUGCAUGAAAGUAUUUAUUUGCUCAUUUAUCAGUUCAGUGUGAAAUCAGAAUUGAUCCUGUUAAAAGUAAAUAUUUCACCUAAAAAAGACCAUUUGCACAAAAUUAUUCAUAAUAAGCAAUGGUUAAAGGAAGCAAGU